UUGACCGGGCACCACGUUCACUUGAAAUAACACACAAAUAAUUGUCAGUCGGUAACGGUGCAGCUAUGAUGGAGGCUGCUGCUGCAGGGAGCGUGUCCGCGCCCAGUGCGGAACUGGUCGAGCGCUGGGAGAAGGAGUACUCGCCGAGUGAGUGGACUAAACGGUUCCGCACGGCCGGCGAAGUGAUUGAUCACCACGUGAAGUUCGUCACGGAAGUGAGUAACAGAAAUCGAAAGGAGCUCAAGUGUGAUUUGGACGUGGAGUACGGCAGCGAGGACAGUGAGAAAUUCGAUAUCUACGGGGAUAACCUGCCGGACGAUGCUCCCCUGUUUGUGUACAUCCACGGUGGUUACUGGCAAAUGCUGUCCAAAAAGGAGUCCGCGUACUGCGCGAAGCCGCUGGUCGAGCGAGGAUUCCGGGUGAUUAUUCUAGAUUACGAGCUGUGUCCCAAGGUGACCCUUGCGGAGCUGGUCAGCCAAAUUAAGUGCGCCGGCGAGUACAUCCUGAACUACGCCGAGGAAAACCGGGUUCGGCACGUCUCGAUCGCGGGUCACUCCGCCGGGGCGCACCUCAUAGCGGCCAUGCUCGAUCGGCAGUUUGUGGCCACCGUUGGGGACGAAAUCCGGCUGGUCAAGCACGUGUACCUCAUUUCGGGAGUGUUCAAGCUGGACGAACUGCGGCACACCCAAUCGGUCAACGCGAAGAAUCUGCUCGGUCUGAACGACGCCAACGUGCGCGGUUUGUCACCGCUGGAGAUGGACUAUGGUCACAUGAGGGGACUUUCGGUGCAGGUGCACGUGUCCGUUGCGGAGAACGAUAGCACCGUGUUCAAGCAGAUGGCCAAAGAUAUGCACGAGCACCUGGAGCGGUUCGGGGUGCAGGGUAGCUUGCACGUGCUGCCCGAACUGGACCACUUUGAUAUAGUGGAGAAACUUGCGGAGAAGGACUAUUUAAUAACGAAGGCCAUUUUGGACAGUUUUAGUGAACAAUAAAGUUAAUUCCAUUUACUUUUUCUGAAUUGACAGUAAACCUUAA